AUGGCGCCCACAACGGUCCUUGUUACAGGCGGCACCGGCUUCCUAGGAUCCGAGAUCGUUCAAGCGCUUGUAGAAGCAAAGAAUUUCGCCGUCACCGCUCUGGACAUCAACCCGCCAUCGCUCGGGACGGUAUCGUACCCAAGUGUCACAUAUGUGCGUUGUGAUAUAAUGGACUUGGAACGACUUCGGGAGGUGUUCAAGGAGACGCGUCCUACUGUAGUUACUAUUCUGGAGGGUCCCGCAUUCGUAGAGCCUAUGCUGAUUUGGCUCGCUUACAAGUUGCACACUGUCGCCGUCAAUCUACUCGGAGAAUCGCGAUACAGUACGCAAGGAAGAGAUACACUGUUUUCCAUUAACGUAGAUGGAACAAAAAACGUCGUCCAAGUAAGCCAGGAAUGUGGGGUGAAGGCAUUCGUGUACACAAGUAGCGUGACAGUGCUGUUGGACCAGCUGGAGGAGAAUUUUAGGAACGCGGACGAGACAUGGAGUACUGGCAGGGCGACCACAUUGUACGGACAAUCCAAGACGAUGGCCGAGGGCAUUGUAUUAUCCUCUAACACACCUGGUUUCCGAACUUGUGCUUUGAGAGUAGCACCCAUCUUUGGUCCUCGCGAUCCAGUUACCAUUCCCACAAUCUAUGGAUGCAUUGCCAAUGGCGAAACCCCAUUCAUCCUUGGCUCGGGCACCAACUUGCAAGAUUAUGUCUACGUUGCAAACGUUGCAGAUGCCCAUGUCCUCGCCUUGCACAACCUCCUCGACCUAGGAACUGCAGCCGGAGAAGCCUUCUUCAUCACCAACGGCGAGCCGAUCACUGUACGGGAUCUUUGUCUCGCUGUGUGGAAAGAGUUCGGCCACUAUCCACGAUUCCAACUUCGAAUUCCAGAGGAGUUGGCAUGGUGGAUGGGAUGGGGUUUGGAAUGGGCAAGCUGGCUCACUAACAGAAAGGGCACUUUUAGUCGUGGAGUGGUUUUGGAUGCUACAAAGACACGAUACGUGAAUAUUACCAAAGCGAGACGGGUGCUUGGUUAUGUACCGAGGGUCAGCUUGCCAGAGGCAUUGAAAAUUAGUUGCCAGCAUCUGCAACAGCAAAUCAAUGCUCAAGCAAAAGCAUAA